ACCUGGGUGACAUCAAUGAGAAAAAAAUACGUGCAAUUGCAAUAUUACGUUGGGUUACUGGUUAGGUGAUCGCUGAAACGAAAAUUUUAGUAUUAUACUAAAUAUUGGCAUGAAAUUGCCUUUAAUUAAACUUAUGCGAUUAUAGUAAAUAAAUCAAAAUGAAAACACGUUUUAAUACGUACGAUAUAGUGUGCAUGGUGGCCGAAUUACAGAGGCUGAUAGGUAUGAGGGUAAACCAGGUUUACGAUAUAGACAACAAAACCUACGUGAUUCGGCUGCAGAGGUCUGAAGAAAAGUCAGUCCUAUUGUUGGAGUCGGGGAACAGAUUUCAUACAACACAGUUUGAGUGGCCCAAAAAUGUAGCCCCAUCUGGGUUUACUAUGAAGCUUCGUAAACAUCUGAAGAACAAACGUCUAGAGAAAUUAACACAGCUAGGUGUAGACAGGAUAGUGGACUUACAGUUUGGCAGUGGUGAAGCAGCGUACCAUGUCAUACUAGAACUGUAUGACAGAGGAAACAUUGUUCUGACAGACUAUGAGUGGACUAUUCUAAAUGUUCUGAGGCCUCACGUCGAGGGUGACAAAGUGAGGUUUGCAGUUAAAGAAAAGUAUCCGCUAGAUAGAGCAAAGACAAGCUAUAAAGCUCCCGAUGCAGAAGCGCUGAAAGAGAUACUAGGAAAGAGUAAACCAGCAGAUAAUUUGAAAAAAAUUCUUAAUCCAAAUCUAGAGUAUGGUGCGGCUGUAAUAGAUCACGUAUUACUUGAAAACAGCUUGACUGGUAACAUGAAGAUAUCUCAAGAUCCUAACAAGGGAUUCUAUCUAGAAAGAGAUCUGGACAAACUUGUCACCGCACUAAAACAGGCAGAGAGAAUGAUUGACGAAGGAAAGAAUCAAACUGCAAAGGGCUACAUAAUUCAGAAGAAAGAAGAUCGACCAAACCCAGAAGGAGGUGGUCCAGACUUUUUGCUAACCAACCAAGAGUUCCACCCGAUGUUGUAUGCCCAGAACAAGAAUCAGCCUCACACCGAGUAUGAGACUUUUGACAGAGCCGUUGAUGAAUUCUAUUCAGCCCUGGAAGGGCAGAAGAUAGACCUCAAGACAAUCCAAGUGGAAAGGGAGGCGCUAAAAAAGCUCCAGAAUGUUCGCAAAGAUCACGACAAGCGUAUCACCGAGCUGGAACGUCUCCAGUUGGAGGAUAGGAAAGCGGCCGAGCUGAUAUCCAGGAAUGAGCAUCUCGUUGAACAAGCGAGACUUGCUAUACAAGUUGCUAUCGCUAAUCAGAUGUCCUGGGAUGAUAUUAACCUCCUAGUGAAGACGGCUCAAGACAACAAGGAUCCCAUCGCCUCCUGCAUCAAACAACUGAAACUGAACACCAACCACAUCACCCUGCUACUGCACGACCCAUAUGAUGAUGGUAGUGAAGUUGGUGAUGGUGAUGAAGAUGAUGGACGGUUGAAACCGAUGACGGUUGACAUUGAUCUGUCUUUGACUGCGUUUGCUAAUGCUAGACGAUACUACGAUCAAAAGCGUACAGCCGCCAAGAAACAACAGAAAACGCUCGAGUCAGCGGAUAAAGCGCUUAAAAGCGCUGAACGUAAGACUAAACAGACGUUGAAGGAAGCGCACACGAUCAGCAACAUCACUAAAGCAAGGAAGACGUAUUGGUUCGAGAAAUUCUACUGGUUUAUUUCGUCGGAUAAUUAUUUGGUGAUCGCGGGCCGCGACCAGCAGCAGAACGAGCUGCUGGUGAAGCGCUACCUGCGCGCCGCGGACGCCUACGUGCACGCCGACGUGGCGGGCGCGGCGUCCGUGCUGCUCAAGUGCCGCGGCCGGCCGCCGGCGCCGCGCGCGCUGCUCGAGGCCGGCCAGGCCGCCGUGGCCUACAGCGUUGCGUGGGAAGCUAAAGUUCUAACGCGAGCGUGGUGGGUGUUCGGACAUCAAGUGUCGAAGUCAGCACCAACCGGAGAGUAUCUCACAACUGGCUCCUUCAUGAUCCGCGGCAAAAAGAACUAUCUCCUACCUGAGCAGUUGCAGUUCGGGUUCAGUUUUAUGUUUAGAUUGGAAGAUAGCUGUAUAGAACGUCACCGAGAUGAACGGAAGGCGAUCGUGCACGACGACGCGACCUCUGACGUCACUUCCACGCAGGAUACGGAGGAGGAGCAGGAGAUCGUCGUUUCCGAAGAUGAUGAAUCAUCAGACAAAGAUGAUUCCAAAAAGAGUGCCUUAAAAUCAAUAUCCGAAGAAGCAACUGAAAUAUCCAAUAGUGAACACAAUGAAGAGAAAUCAUCAAAGAUCAGUUCAAAAACUUCUACAGACAAAGAAAUCAGACAAGAAGAACCAAAUAAACCAAAAGAAUCUCCAAAGAAAAAUAUUAGUAAAGAAAAUCAAGAAGAAACUAAGGAAAUCAAAGAAGAAAUAAAAGAGAAAGAGGGCAGUGAUGAAGAAAGUGAUUCUGACGAUGACUCUGACACCGGAGUGUUUGAUACUCAUAUUAAGGUGGAUCAUGGUACUGGUGAAGUUAUCAUCGCUUCGAAAUCCAGAACAGUUUCAGAAGUAUCUGACAGAAGUGACGAUUCAAAACUCCUCUCUUUUCCGUCUCUACCAAAGAAAGGCGGAAAGAAAGCGCAGAAGCAACAGAAGCAAGAAGUUAAGAAAGAAGAAAAGCAAGGUCCGAAGCGCGGGCAGAAAAGUAAAUUAAAGAAGAUUAAAGAGAAAUACAAGGAUCAAGACGAAGAGGAUCGGGCGCUGAUGAUGGAACUGUUAAAGCCGGAUAAAGGUUCAAAGGAGUCCAAAAAGGCCCAAAAACAAGAGGCGAAGGGUGGUAAAGGGAAGUCUUCGAAGACGAAGAUGCCCAAAAUCCCUGCACCCGCGCCAGUCUUAUUGGAGGCGGAGUCCGAUGGAGAGGAACCAGAGCCCGAGCUGGACCAAGCAGCGCCAGACGCCGACUUGGAGCUCCUCUGCCAGCUGACCGGCUGCCCGCUGCCCGACGACGAGCUACUGUUCGCAGUCCCGGUGGUGGCGCCCUACUCCGCCCUGCAUAACUACAAGUAUAAAGUGAAGCUAACGCCAGGCAGCAACAAGCGAGGCAAGGCCGCUAAGACCGCGGUACAAGUCUUCCUAAAGGACAAGAACAGUACACCGCGUGAGAGAGAUCUUCUGAAGGCGGUCAAAGAGGAAAACGUAGCGAGGAACUUCCCGGGGAAGGUCAAGCUGUCCGCUCCACAGCUGCAUAAACAUAGGAAAUAGAAUUUUAUUAGCUAUAGGACCUUUAAAUAAAAUAAUUUCCAAACAGCGUAUCUGUCUUUAAAAAAAAUAUUACCUGACACGAUGAACUCUGUUCCGUAUUUUUAUUUCAUAACAUUUUUACUUUAUUACCUUGUUCUGCCAAUAUCGAAAGUUAUGAACGCAAUACAUUUCGGUAUUUCACUUUCAUUUAUAUUGAUAGAAAUCUUAAAAAUACAAGUUCCUAACAGUGUAAUUUACUGUCAUAUAUAAUUUAAUAUCAACUGUAACUUGGUUUUCUAUUGAGACAAAUAUUAAUUAUUUAAGUAAAAAAUCUUGUUAUACGUUUUUAGUACUGGAGUAAGUAAUUCGUGAUAUUACUGGUACUACUCAUAUUUGAAUAAAUUAAAUAAUUUGUUA